GCUACAGUGAGGAAGAAGUGAAGCUUGCUCACUAUAUCUUUGAUGAAGAUCUUCCACCUGAUGAACCCUUGGUCCAAAUUCUGUCAGAGGUUUGUAGACGGAAGACAUUGUGGAGCUUAUGCCCUGCGUCAUGUGUCCAUGCUGAUUGAUGUCUGGUAUACUGGUCGUGGAAAGCUCGUGUGCUUUCUGCCUACAGAAUUUCAGGAUCUGGUCAUGAAUUAUGGCAUGACACCUACAAUUGCAUUAGAGUCAUUCCAUACAAAAUUUCUUUCAAAAGCUCUUAACUGCAGAAAGGUGUGUUUGCUCAUGCAAGAUAUGAUGGAUGAUGGAGGAAUCCACUGGUUUUUAGCUAUUAUUUUACUGGACGAGGAACAAGUCCAAAUCCUGGAUCAGUUUCCAUCAUGGGAGCGGAUAACAGUCCGUAUGAGUGCGGUGGAAACAAUGAUUGAGUUUGUGGACGACUUGUUCAAUGCUUUGUAUAAGGAAGUGGAAAUCAAAUGUGCACCACCAAAGAUUAAGGAGUUUUCUUGGUCAACUCCUUCAUGUACAGAACAACAGCACAAGAAUGAUAGUGGGGUUAGGGUGUGCGUCUGGAUGAUGGGUGCAUCCUGGUAUUCUCACUAUGGCAUUUGGCCUUGUGGUGAUAGGAGGAGAAUGCAGGUGGCUCUGUACCUUGUCAAAGAGCCAACAAAUUACAUAAGGCACAAAAUUCUCAAGAAAGCAAUUGCAAAUGCACCGAGGAAACAGCUCCAGAUUCAACUUAUCAAGAGGCAAGAUGCCCCUAAACCUCUACAGGGAAGCUUGAAGAUAGAGAAAUUUACCAUGACCAGUUCCAGAUUCAUCAUCCUCUCUUCUUCCAAGCCGCACCCAUUUCUUCUCAAGUGCGUGGUUUCGAUCGUCGACGACAGCGCGACCAUGUUCCCGUUCAAUUCGUUCAAAUCCCUACCUUUAAACGAGAAGCUCGUGCUGUAUCCGCCGAAUUCCGCCCAGGCGCUGAUUUUCCCCAACCUCUUGGCGUGCCUCCGUCGAUUAAACCUGAUUUAGACAGCGAGCUCGAAGAUGUAGUGGAUUCCUUCGUCGCCGUAUGAGAGGAUGGAGAGGAUCAGUUCCUGUUGGGAGUGGAAGUGGGAGGAGCAGGAGCCACUGCGGAGGAAAUUCACGUACUGAACGAAUUUCCUGAUGCGGAAAUGCCUUCCUGCCGAGGCCGACGAUGGACUCGAAGCUCUUGACGCGGUUGGGUAGAAUUAGGGUUUCGGGGAGGAUCGUGGAGGAUAGGAUGAUCUGGGCGGAAUCAAUAUGAAGGUGGAGG